AGUUGAUUCAUCUGCCAGCUCACCACCCGGUCCCAUCUGUCUCUUAAUAUCCCGCUCAGCUUCUAAGGCAUGUAACAAUGCCUCCUCCUCAAACACAGCUUGUCCUCAAGCUGUAGUCAUUUUUUCUCUAAACUCAGGAAACCUUUUAACAAAAUCUUCAUACAGUUCCCAAGUUGCUUCUUCCUUCUCAGCAUUUGACCAUUGUACCAGCCAAUAAACAGCAGCAGCAUUCCCUCUUUUUGCUAACUUCCUGUCCAAUAUAGCAACUGGUUCCCUUCUUAACUGUCCGUUGUCAUCCAUGUUAGGUAAGGAGCUGCUGAUGGGGGCAGGAGCAUGAUGUUUUUUAAGCUGGGAGAUAUGGAACACCGGGUGUAUUUUAGCAUGGUCAGGUAGCUGCAGUUUGUAAGCCACGGUUCCCACUCUGUCCACUACUGCAAAAGGGCCAAAAUAUCUUGGGGACAGCUUCAUAUUGAUUCUAUAGCUCACAGAAUGCUGCCUGUAUGGUUGGAGCUUAACAUAUACUAGAUCUCCCACUGCAAACUCCUUGUCACUUCUAUGCUUAUCAGCCAUCUUCUUCAUUCUGUCCUGUACUCGUUUGAUAUGGAAUUUCAACAAGUUAAUACAUUCUUCCCUUGCUUGUAAACUCCUAUCAACUGCUUCCACAGGAGAGUCUCCUGCCACAUAAGGUAUAUGAAGUGUAGGAGACUGGCCAUACACAACUUCAUAAGGAGUCUUUUGCGUGGAUGAGUGGUGGUUAGUAUUGUACCACCAUUCAGCUAGAGAUAUCCAUUUAGCCCAAUCUUUAGGCCUUUCCCCUGUCAUACAUCUCAAAUAUGUUUCCAGGCAUUUGUUAACUGCUUCAGUCUGUCCAUCCGACUGAGGAUGAUAGGCUGUAGACAUAUGGAGUUCCACCUGUAAGAGCUUAAAUAACUCUUGCCAAAAUCUGCUCAAGAAGAUUUUAUCCCUGUCACUUACAAUAGUCUUGGGAAGACCAUGUAGUUUAAAGAUAUGAUCAAAGUAUGCAUUAGCCACCAUAGAAGCUGUAUAAGGAUGAGUAAGGAGUAGGAAGUGAGCAUACUUACUCAACCUAUCCACCACCACUAAAAUGGUAUCCUUACCAUUGGAUUUGGGCAAACCUUCUACGAAAUCCAUAGAGAUGUUGACCCAAAUAGCCUCAGGAAUAGGGAGGGGUUGGAGUAAUCUGGCUGGGGCUUGCAGAAUAGGUUUACAUUUCUGACAUACUUCACAUUCUCUAAUAGCCACUCUUAUAUCCCUCUUCAUCUUCUUCCAAUAGAAUAGAGUUUCUAUUCUUUUGUAUGUGGCAUGAGUUCCUGCAUGUCCUCUCAGUGGUGAAUGGUGCAUGAGUUGGAUAAUUUCCUUCCUCAGUUCUUCAUUCUGCCCCACUACUAACCUUCCUUUCCUCAGCAACUUCCCAUCCUUCCAUGAAAAUUUGCUUGGAGUUUGAGAGUCAUCUUGUAAGGAUUGAAUAAGUUGUUGACUUUCCUUAUCCUUCCAACUCUCUUUAAUCUUCUGCAGUAGAUCAGAUUGUAUCUCACUCACAAUCGUACUCAUGAUUGUCCCCCCUUCCAUUCUGGAUAGAAAAUCUGCUGCCACAUUUUCCUUCCCCUUUCUAUAACAUACCUCAUAGUCCAUUCCCAGAAGUUUAGGUAGACACUUACUCUGAAAUGGAGUGGUGAUCUUAUGAUCUAGUAGGUAUUUCAGACUAAAGUGAUCAGUUUUAAUAAUAAAAUGCUUCCCAGCUAAGUAUGACCUCCAUUUCUCUACAGCCAAAAUCACUGCCAAAAGUUCCUUCUCAUAUGUAGAAAGGGACCUAUUUUUUUCAGAUAAGGCUUUGCUUAAGUAAGCAAUAGGGUGCCCUUCUUGAGAUAAAACUGCUCCAAUGCCUAAGUCAGAAGCAUCGGUUUCUACAAUGAAAGGUUUUUCAAAAUCAGGUAAAGCCAGUACUGGAGCUUGACACAUGGCCUGUUUCAAUCUGCAAAAUGCCAACUCAGCCUCCUUUCCCCAAGAAAAAGCAUUCUUCUUGAGUAAGUUGGUUAAAGGUUUGGAAAGUAUGCCAUAACCUUGGAUGAAUUUCCUAUAAUAUCCUGUUAGCCCAAGAAACCCUCUUAAUGCCUUCAAGUUUUUUGGACUAGGCCAUGCUUGAAUAGCCUGAAUUUUCUUGGGGUCAGUAGCUACACCCUCUUUUGAUAUGACAUGUCCCAGAUACUCUAUAGUAUUUACCCCAAAAGAGCAUUUACUAUGCUUAGCAAAUAAGGUGUUAUUCCUCAAAAUGGUCAAAGUUUUCUGCAAAUGUACUGCAUGUGAUUCAGCAUCUGCACUGUAUAUGAGGAUAUCAUCAAAAAAUACCAAUAUAAAUCUUCUGAGAUAAGGUUUAAAGAUGGAGUUCAUGAGGUUUUGGAAGGUAGAUGGAGCAUUAGUUAAACCAAAAGGCAUGAACAUGAACUCGUAAUGCCCUUCAUGAGUUCUAACGGCUGUCUUUUCAAUGUCUUCUACCUUCAUUCUAAUCUGCCAGUACCCUGACCUCAGGUCAAUUUUGGAGAAGAUCUGAGAUCCUUUCAACUCAUCGAGAAGUUCAUCAAUUACAGGAAUGGGGAACUUGUCCUUGGCUGUAUGUUUGUUGAGCUCCCUAUAGUCUACACAAAAUCUCCAACUUCCAUCCUUUUUCUUUAUCAUGACUACAGGUGAGGAGUAAGGACUCUGACUAUUCUUGAUAAUCCCUGUGUCUAGCAUUUCCCUGGUGAUUUCUUCAAUGGCUGUUUUCUGCACCACUGGAUAUCUGUAGGGUCUAACAUUUAUAGGGGUAGUACCCGGCAUGAGGUGAAUUUGAUGGUCCCAAUCUCUAUGUGGUGGCAACUGUUUUGGUUCCUCAAACACAUCCUGAAACUGUGAAAGUAUUGCAGAUAUUUCCUCAGGCAUGCACAUUUCAGUAGUUGGUAUCCUGUCUUGAGUCUCCUUUUGUUGUUCCAUCACCCUCAUAAGAUACAAUUGUCCCCCAUAUCUUUUGCUUUCUUUCUGAACUUCUUGACAAAGCUGUCUCCCAUUAAUCCAUUGUAUUUCCCCUUUUUUACUUCCCCUUAAUACAACUCUUCUUCCCAUGUAUUGAAACUCCAUAAUCAGCUUGUCAAAAUCCCAUUUAAUAGGUCCUAGAGAAGCCAGCCAUUGUAUACCUAAUACCAUCUGACAUCCCCCCAAAGGUACAAGCAUAGUGUCAGCAACAAACUCAGUAUUGUGUAGAGUCCAUUUGAACUGUUUACAAAGCUGUGUAGUAAUCAGUUUCUCACCAUUAGCUACUGAAACUUCCAAAUGGUAUGACUGAGAGAUUCUACAGCCCAACCUCUUGGUUGUGUUAAUGUCUAGGAAGUUAUGUGUACUUCCCGAGUCUAUCAGCACAUACAGGUCUUUCUUAUUAACCUUUCCAGUCACCUUCAUUGUUUGGAAUUGAUGGUGUCCUGAAAUGGCAUUAAGAGAGAUCACAGGUGGAUUCUCCAUAACUGUAACUUCUUGGUAUUCCUCUUCUGAUCCACCAUCUACUGAUCCAUACUCAGUACAGAAAGAUCCUUCACCCUGCUCCUCAUCUAUAGGAGAGAUGUGAAUCCUGUAAAGUUGAGCCUUACAUAUGUGGCCUGGAAAAUAUUGGUCAUCACAGUGGAAGCAUUGAUUUUUUCUUCUUCUCUCUUCAAUAUCCUUAGGUUGUAGGACUCUUCUCCCAUUAACCACAGGCUUCUUGUAAGUUGCAGCAUUGGUUGAUGGAGUAGGAAGUAGUCCUCCAGUCUUGGGUACCAAAUUUUGAGGUCUUUUAAACCCAGAAUUUCCCAUAGUAUCUCUAGGUUUGUAAGACCAAUUAUCUAACCCUGUUCUGUUGCUCUUCUUUAAUGCAUUAAGACUCUGCUCUUGCAGCUUUGCAUAUUCCAUAGCACUGGUCAGCUUUCUUGGUUUAAAUGCCUUGACAAAAGGUUUAAUAGUGGGGCUCAAUCCACCAAUAAAACUGUCCAAGAAAUAUUCAUCAGGGAGUCUGUUGUUUCUUUGCAACAUUAAACUACGCAGGUUUUCAAACUGAUUCAAGUAUUCAUCAAAAGAAGUAGUUUGCUGCAAUUUAUUAAAUUCCUCAACAACAGUACUACCUAACUCAUCAUUGAAUCUUUCACACACAUCUAUCACAAACUGUUCCCAAUUCACUCCUGGAUUCACAGAGAUGUAGCUGGUAUACCAAGAUUCAGCAUGAUUUAUCAUGGAGUUGAUUCAUCUGCCAGUUCACCACCCGGUCCCAUCUGUCUCUUAAUAUCCCGCUCAGCUUCUAAGGCAUGUAACAGGUACCUGUGAACAAACCAGGCAUACGCCGGGGAAGGGGAAGGGGAAAGGGAAGCGCCAGCGGAAGGAAAGGCCCUCUUCGCUCACUAGUAUAUGUGUCUAAUGGAUAUGCUGGUUGUAUGACACAUCCGUGUGCAGAGGCUGCGCUAUCAAGCAGGAUCUGAAAUACAAGCUUGUUGAGCCACAAGGGUGUAUCUACUGCCCAACUCUAUCGAAGCUCAGGUUCUUCUAUCAUUGCAACUUCAUUGCUAGGCCUGAAAAUGGAAGUGACGUUGACGAUACGCUCUUUUUUGCGGAAUUAGAGGGGAGGAAAGAGAGGAAGACUGGCAGCCAAAUCAGUCUCACCCUCCUUUUCUCAUGCGUUUUAGGGCCCUGUGAUUCUGAGGGGGCAGAUCCCGGUGACUGUGAACAUUGUCGAGGUCUUCCAGGUUUGGUCAAACAUCCUAAAAGCGGCGGAUUCCACAAAUUUGUUGAGCCUGGUGCCGUUUUAUGGUGAUGGAUUCCGGCUACGAAGAAAACGAUGGGAAAAGUAUUUGUUUUUGUACUCAAGUGCGGAGCUAGAGGGGAGCAACUUAAGUCUUGACCCGUCUCUGAACUCCAUUGAAAAAGCUUUUUCCAUGAAAUUGUGGUGGAAAUGUAAGAAUGGUAACUCUCUUUGGAAUGUUUUCAUGACUGCCAGAUACCCUAGAGGUACAAACAUGAUCUCUAAGGUUACUGAUUCUCCCAUUUGGAGGAGAAUUUGCAGUAUCCAUGAUCUGGCUACCUUUAACUGCAGCACCAACCAGGAUGGCACCUUAAUUUGGGAGCCAUAAAAUGAUGGUCUGCUUUCUUUUAAAUCAGCCUAUGAGUCUGUGAGAGAGGUUCAGUCUACUAUGUUAUCUUUUAAGCAUGCUUGGCAUCCAUAUCAGAUUAUGAAAAUUAAGGUUUUCCAAUGGAAAAUGCUUCAUGGCAUCCUGCCAAUAACAGAUAGAUUGGCCAGAUUUAACAUGGUAUUGAGGCCUUCCAUCUGCCCUCUAUGCAGAAAGCAUGAGGAUUCCAUGGACCAUGUGUUUAUCUCUUGUACGGUGGUUACGCCUGUUUGGUAUUACUUUCAAAGCAUUCUAGGCAUUACUUUGUGCUCUACUACUGACAUGAGACAAAUGAUGAUGCACUGGUGGCUUAAAGCAGGAAGUAAAACGUUACUAGAUCUUUUUAAACAUUUUUGCCAGGUAUAAUUUGCUGGAUUAUUUGGAAAAAUUAUAUUGAAUUCAUUUGGGGUGAUAAAGCAGGAGGAGUAACUUCUGAAAGUAUUGUUAUUCAAAUUAAACAUUUCACUCGCAUAUGGGUUUCUAGUCUUCCUAGAUUAAAAAUUCAUUAUGUGGAGGAAGUGUUAAUUGAGGAAGGGUUUAUUCCACGGAAUUUCAGUGCUUUAGGAACGAAAGUCAAAGCUAUUAGAUAGAUUAAACCCAAAAAUAGUUUUAAACUUAACACUGAUGCCAGUUACGUACCUGGUAAUUUUCUUGUAUUUUAAUUUUUGGGUCAGGUCUAGCCCCCCAAAAAUUUUAUUUUUGCUUUUUCUUGCUUACAUCUUCUUGUAUUUUCUGGAGGUAGGCCUCUGGUGAGAUAUAUUGGCCUAGUCCACCUCUCUUCUUGUAUUUCCCUCAAUUUUUAAUAAAACCUGGCAAAUGUUCCCCGACAUUUGCCCCACUGAUUUGGGUGGUUUUCC